AUGUCCAUUGACUUCCCAAAGGAGGAGCUUGCCGUCAUUGCAAGAUGGCGGGAGCUCAAGGCGUUCGAGCGCCAGGUGGAGCUGUCUCAGGGAAAGCCUCGCUAUACCUUCUACGAUGGCCCGCCUUUCGCGACCGGACUCCCGCAUUACGGUCAUCUGCUCGCCUCGACCAUUAAGGACAUUAUACCCAGGUAUUGGUCCAUGAAGGGUCACCAUGUUGAGCGCCGGUUUGGCUGGGACACCCACGGGCUCCCCAUUGAACACGAGAUUGACAAGAAGUUUGGAAUCACUGGAAAAGCCGCGGUCAUGGAGAUGGGACUGGAUAAGUACAACAAGGAAUGCCGAGCUAUCGUCAUGCGGUACCGGGAGGAAUGGCGGCAUACCAUUGAGCGUCUGGGGAGGUGGAUUGAUUUCGACAAUGACUACAAGACCAUGGACCCGACCUUUAUGGAGACGGCAUGGUGGGUGUUCAAGCAACUGUUCGAUAAGGGUGCGGUAUACCAGGGCUACAAAGUUAUGCCUUAUUCAACAAGUCUGACGACAGCUUUGUCCAACUUCGAGGCAAACCAGAACUACCAAGACGUUACAGAUCCUGCUGUUGUUGUCUCUUUCCCUCUCCUGAGCGACCCGAAGACUCACCUUCUUGCGUGGACAACAACACCAUGGACACUGCCGUCUCAUUUGGGCUUGGCUGUGCACCCAGAUUUCGAGUAUGUCAAGAUUCUUGAUGAGAAGUCAGGAAACAACUACAUACUUAUGGAGAAGUUGCUCUCUACUCUCUACAAGGACCCCAAGAAGGCCAAAUUCAAGGUUGUGGAGAAGAUCAAGGGCAAAGACAUGCUGGGCUGGAAGUACGAGCCCCUAUUCGACUACCUCUACGAAGAGUUCAAAGAUGUCGCCUUCCAGGUCCUCAAUGCCACGUAUGUCACCGAUGACAGUGGUACCGGUAUCGUCCACCAAGCGCCGGCAUUCGGUGAGGACGAUUACAAUGUCGCCUUGGCGGCCGGCAUCAUCAAUGAGACACGACCACCUCCGGAUCCGGUUGACGAUCGAGGAUAUUUCACGGAGAGAGUCCGUGACUUUGCGAAUAUGCAUGUCAAGGAUGCCGAUAAGCACAUCAUCAAAUACUUGAAAGGCACCGGUCGAUUAGUGGUGGACUCGCAACUUCGCCAUUCGUACCCUAUGUGUCCGCGAUCCGAUACCCCCCUGAUCUACCGCGCCGUUCCAUCCUGGUUCAUCCGCAUCCCCGAGAUCAUCCCGCAAAUGCUGAAGAACAUCGAAGGGACACAUUGGGUCCCCAGUUUCGUCAAGGAGAACCGAUUUGCGAACUGGAUCGCCAACGCGCGUGACUGGAAUGUUUCCCGUAAUCGGUAUUGGGGUACCCCUCUGCCUCUCUGGGUCAGCGAUGACGGGGAUGAACGGGUGUGCAUUGGCAGUGUGGAAGAGUUGAAACAGCUGAGUGGAUACGAAGGUGAACUCACAGAUCUUCACCGUGACAAGGUGGACCACAUCACCAUUCCCAGCAAGAUGGGCAAAGGAACCCUGAGACGCGUAGAGGGCGUCUUUGACUGUUGGUUCGAGUCGGGAAGUAUGCCCUACGCCAGUCAGCACUACCCAUUCGAGAACAAGGACAAGCUGCAUGACAGCUUCCCAGGCGACUUCAUUGCUGAGGGCCUAGACCAGACGAGAGGUUGGUUUUACACCAUGCUGGUGCUUGGCACACAUCUUUUCGGUGUAUCGCCGUUCAAGAACUGUGUCGUCAACGGCAUGGUACUGGCAGAAGAUGGCAAGAAAAUGUCAAAGCGGCUAAAGAACUACCCCGAUCCUGCGACUGUCAUGGAGAAAUAUGGUUCUGAUGCACUCCGAUUGUACAUGAUCAACUCUCCUGUCGUCAGAGCAGAGCCGUUGAGAUUCAAGGAGUCGGGCGUAAAAGAGGUCGUCCAGAAGGUGUUGCUCCCACUUUGGAACAGUUACAAGUUCUUCGAGGGUCAGGUUGCGCUCCUCAAAAAGGUUGAAAACAUCGAUUUCGUCUCCGACCCCAAGCUGGAGAGCACCAACAAGAACGUUAUGGAUCGGUGGAUUCUCGCCAGUUGCCAGAGUCUGUUGCAAUUCGUCAAUCAAGAAAUGUCAGCUUACCGCCUGUACACUGUUGUACCCCGCUUGCUGGAGCUCAUCGACAACACAACCAACUGGUACAUCAGAUUCAACCGAAAGCGUCUGAAGGGGGAAUAUGGUGUCGACGAUACUAAACAUGCGCUGAACACACUCUUCGAGGUGCUCUUUACUUUGUGUAGAGGACUCGCCCCCUUCACCCCCUUUAUCACCGAGACGAUCUACUCUAAACUCCUACCUCACAUCCCGAAGGAGCUUCAGGCAGCAGAUCCUCGCAGUGUCCAUUUCCUUGCUUUCCCCGACGUUCGCGAGGAGCUUUUUGACCCUGUCAUCGAACGCCAAGUCAGUCGCAUGCAGAAGGUCAUCGAGUUGGUGCGGAUUUCCCGAGAACGACGAACUAUCGGCCUCAAGACGCCGUUGAAGACGCUCGUUGUCCUCCAUCGUAGCCAAGAAUAUCUUGAUGACGUGAAGUCACUCGAGACCUACAUCACCGAGGAGUUGAACGUGCGAGAUCUCGUCUUGACCACGGACGAAACAAAGUACAACGUCCAAUACAGCGUAACAGCUGAUUGGCCAGUACUGGGUAAGAAGCUCAAGAAGGACAUGGUGAGGGUGAAGAAGGCGUUGCCAAACGUGACGAGCGACGAAGUACGCAAGUACACGGAAGAGAAGUUCAUUAUUGUAGAUGGUAUUCGGCUGGAAGAAGGCGACCUUGUCGUCAAGCGAGGUCUGAAGGAGGACGACACCUCCAAGAACCUUGAAACCAACACGGAUCAAGACGUGCUCACCAUUCUGGACACUGAGCUAUAUGCGGAGCUUGCCCACGAGGGAGUUGCACGGGAAGUUAUCACUCGAGUACAGAGACUCCGCAAGAAGGCUGGGCUCCAGCCUACGGACGAUGUCAAGAUGGAGUACAGGGUACUAUCCGACCCUGACAACAUUGGCAUCGGGGAAGUGUUCGUUGGUCAGACCAGGGCGCUCGAGAAGGCGCUGCGCAGACCCAUUGAUAAACAUGAGGUUACGCAUUUGGAAGGCGAGAUCCCUGCGGAGAAGGAGGACGGCAUCAUUGUCGAGGAGGAGCAAGAAGUGCAGAAGGCGACAUUCUUGCUGAGACUUCUGAAGCUAUGA